GUCCAGCUUGUGAACCAGCCUCAAAAUCAGAGUCCUGAAAGCGUACGUUCAUGGCUACCUUGGGCUACCUAUGGUAUUUUCCAAUUCGCUUGUAGCGGUAGAGGAGGCGCUGAAGCUUGGAAGCGGGGCGCUGUUGAGCACUGAAGGAUAGGGAGCCAUACUGCUAAAGAUCACCUGGUUGCUUCGGAGGUACAGGACUCAAAACUGCGAUUCGGCGACAGGAAAAACGUUAGUUGGAUCAAACAGUCGUGGCGUGGCAUUUGUUGUAGCUUCAUCCUCUAGGAAGUGAGAGGUAGGAUUUCUCUGUCCGGUGCAAUGGAGGACGAGGACGUGCCCAUGGAAGAGGCUGGAGAACCAUCUACGCCUGUUCGUUCUGGGAAAAGACCGCGACCGGACGACGAGGAGGACUUUCGGGUUGGUUCCAUUAUGCGCUUUGACCUCAAGGACUUCAUGACGUACAAGGACAUGUCAUUCUGCCCCGGCCCCCGCCUGAACCUCUUGGUCGGCCCCAAUGGAACGGGCAAGAGCUCCAUCGUCUGCGCCAUUGCGCUGGGGACUGCCGGCUCUCCCAAUCUUCUCGGACGGGCCGGACAGGUCGGGGACUAUGUCCGGAGGGGCGCAGAAUGGGGCAGUGUAAAGCUGACCUUACGGGGGAAAGAGGAAGGGUCUGCGAUCUCUGUGUACCGCAAGAUAUACAAGAACAACAACUCCCAAUGGCAACUCAAUGGGAAGAACUGCCGACAGGAGGAUGUUAAGCGUGUGGUUAAGGAGCUCAACCUGCAAGUUGGGAAUCUCUGCCAGUUUCUACCCCAAGACAAGGUGUCCGAGUUUGCAAAGAUGGACCCCAUCCGGUUACUGGAAGAGACGGAGAAGGCAGCGGACAACGGCCUUUAUGAGCUGCAUCAAGACUUGGACAAGGCCUCCAAGGACGUCAAGGGCCUUGACACGACGGUUGAGCAGCACCAGCGGCAGCUCGAGCGUUUGCGUGGAGAGCAGAAGUCGCUGCAGCCGGAUGUGGAGCGCAUGCAGGAGCGGGAGAAGAAGCUGGAGGAGGCGAACCUGAUGAGCAUGAAGCGGCCGUGGUUGGAGUUUGACAAGGCCAAGGUGGACAUGGCGCAAGCAAAGCAAGCGUUUCAGGAGAGCAAGGCUACGAAGCAGGAAAAGGAGGCUGAGAUUAAGCACCUGAAGGCGCCGCUCGAGAAAAAGAAGGCGGAGAAGGCUGCGGCGACCGCUGCAAGCAAGAAAGCGCAGGAUACUGCCAGGAAGCUGGAAGCCAAGAGGACAGAGUUGGGUGAUGUGUCGCAGGACCUCGAGAACAGAGUGGAUGCGAAGGAGAAGGAGAUCGAGGGAGUGAAGCGGGCAGAGCAGCAGCGGCUGGAGAAGCUGGACAAGGCUCAACAAGAACUAGAGGCGGUGGAAAAGGAGCUAGAGGAGCUGCCGCCGUACCAGCCCAAGACGGAGGAGCUCCAAGCUCUGAAGGCGCCGUACAUGGAGGUCGAGGCGCGAGUCCGGGAGAAGCACGGCGAGAUCAGCGAGGCGGAGGAAUCGAAGCGGGGCGACAUGCAGAAGCUGGCGUGGCUGGACCAACAGAUCAAGCAGAUGGAGGACGCCAAGAGCCGGCGGCUGCAGGCGCUGAGCCGUAACGGCAACUCCCGCAUCUUCGACCUUGUGCGGCGACUCAACGAACUGCGCCCUCAGCUCAAGGGACCGGUCUAUGGGCCAGUCUUGCAAGAGGUGACGGUGGACAACCGGCUGCACGCGCAGUUCUUGGAGAAGCAGUGCCCCAAGUACGUGUGGACGGCCAUCGUGUGCUCCGACCAAGACGACAAGACGCUGCUCGACAUCGAGCUGAAGCCCUUCUUCGGGACGGUCAUCCGGCGGGACCUCAACGCACCCUCCUACGUCAGGACGAAGUUCGCAGUCUCGGAGCAGAUGAAGCAGGCGGGCGUCCUCGGCACGCUCGACCAGCUCUUCACGUGCCCGGACCUCGUCAAGGAGGCGCUCUGCGAUGCGGCGAUGCUGCAGAAGUCGUACUUCGGCAACGAGCGCGCGGAGGACAGCGCGCAACAGGUGGUCGAGCACUUCGGCAUCCAGGACAUCUGGCUGCCCAACACGCACCUGCGGACGACCCGGUCCAAGUACGCCGACGCGCGCUCCACCAACGCGUCGUCCCUCCGGCCGCUGAAGCUCUUCUCCGAAGGUGUGAACACGAACGAGCUGGCCGGCUUGAAGCAGCAGCAGCAAGAGUUGUUUGCGAGCGUGCAGCAGAAGGAGGCCCAAGUUGUCGAGUUGAAGCGAGAGCAGGCGGAACUAGAGCGAGCGGUCGCCGAGCUCAACCGUCAGCGGGAGACUCUGGUAAGGAAGAAUCAGGAAGAGAAGAAGCGAAGGACCGACUUGGAGCGCAAGAUAGACAUGCGGCGCAAGAAGGUCGCAUCGUAUGCGCAGCCCGCGGACGUGGAGCGCGCCGAGGCGAAGCUGCGCGCGGACAUUGCCGCGCUCAACGACGCGCGCUUCACCAAGGCUCUCGCGCUGCGGGACACCUUCCGCGCGCUCGUCGACGCGCAGAUGCAGUACAGCGGCCUCGUGCUGGACGCCGCGAAGCUGGAGGAAGACGUAAACAGGCUGCAAGAAGAGUUUGACGAGCAGAACCAGGCAGUGGUGGCGCUCGAGGAGGAGCUUCGGCGGAACAAGGCGCAGUACGAGAAAGCAAAGAACACCCUCAAGGAGAAGCUGGCCUACGCCCACUCGGUGUGCGAGCCCGGUAUUCACAACGAAGCCUGGGAAAAGUUCCCGGACACGAUUGAGGCUCUGGACGAGGCCAUCGAGGACCUGAAACUAGAGGCGGAGCGCAUUAUCUGCGACAAUCCCAACGUCCUGCGCGAGUUCCAAGAGCGCGCGCGCAGCAUUGCGGAUCUGGAAGAGAAGCUGGAGGACGAGCUCUCAGGCCAGGCCGGCAAGCACGAUAAGAUUGAAGAGCUCAAGGCCCAGUGGCUGCCCCAGCUGCGCAAGGUGGUCGCGCGCAUCAACGACACCUUCUCGCACAACUUCGCCGAGAUGGCCGUCGCAGGGGAGGUGGCGCUCGACGAGAAGGGCUUGGAGUUUGACAAGUACGGCAUCAUGAUCAAGGUCAAGUUCAGAGAGGGAGAGCCGUUGGCGGUGUUGAGCACGCAGCACCACUCGGGAGGGGAGCGGUCGGUGUCCACUAUUCUGUACCUCAUCUCCAUGCAAGACCUGUCCAAGUGCCCCUUCCGGGUUGUCGACGAGAUCAACCAAGGCAUGGACCCGAACAACGAGCGCAAGAUGUUCCAGCAGCUCGUGCGCAGCGCCAGCCUGCCAGACACGCCCCAGUGCUUCCUGCUCACACCGAAGCUGCUGCCUGACUUGGACUACUCCCCGGAGUGCACCAUCUUGAACAUCAUGAACGGGCCGUGGCUGGGGGACACCGCAAAGAAGUGGAAACCUGACGAAUCUCUUUUGGCCAACGUCGGCAAAGCCUAGAAGUUUCUGCAACUCAAGGCGCCAUUACAGUCGGUCGACAUGGUAUCACGAGCUUGCAAGCUGAAUAAUGUCGUUUACUCACAUCCUGUACCUUUGAGAUGUAUGAAACUGCCGUAUCGACGAGAUGUAAUCCAAUGACUCAUGUGCACAUCACCUAGGUAGUUGGCAAUAAAUCUUGAUUCGAGCAUGCAUGAUCCUGAUUAGGCUGCAGGCUUAAGCCGAUGUGUUUGCAAUAGCAUAUUAAAUCGCUCAUCGUAAUGUAU